CUGGUGCUGUCGCUGUCGCUGUCGCUGCUGCCGUCGUCAGUCCGGCUGCGCUCGCUUCCUCAGCGCCCAGUUCUCUCGGACCCCUCGUCGCUUCUACACCGUGCUCUGCGGGUUCGGAUCGCGCUGGGAAAAUGUCGGAUGAAUUUUCGUUGGCCGAUGCCCUACCUGAACACUCUCCUGCCAAAACCUCUGGUGUUAGCAAUACAAAGCCUGGUCAGCCUCCCCAAGGCUGGCCGGGGUCCAACCCUUGGACUAACCCAAGUGCUCCACCUUCUGUGCCAUCUGGACUCCCACCAAGUGCAACACCGUCCACUGUGCCUUUCGGACCUGCACCAGCAGGAAUGUACCCCACUGUGCCUCCCACUGGACCGCCUCCAGGACCCCCAGCACCCUUUCCUCCUUCUGGACCAUCAUGCCCCCCACCUGGUGGUCCUUAUCCAGCCCCAACUGUGCCAGGCCCUGGCCCCACAGGGCCAUAUCCUACACCAAAUAUGCCCUUUCCUGAGCUACCUAGACCAUAUGGUGCACCUACAGAUCCAGCUGCCGCUGGUCCCUUAGGUCCAUGGGGAUCCAUGUCUUCUGGACCAUGGGCACCAGGAAUGGGAGGGCAAUAUCCUACCCCCAAUAUGCCAUAUCCAUCUCCAGGGCCAUAUUCUGCUCCUCCUCCUCCCCAAGCUCCAGGGGCUGCACCCCCAGUUCCAUGGGGCACUGUUCCACCAGGCGCCUGGGGACCACCAGCACCCUACCCUGCCCCUGCAGGAUCAUAUCCCACACCAGGACUCUAUCCCACUCCUAAUAAUCCUUUUCAAGUGCCUUCAGGACCAUCUGGUGCUCCACCAAUGCCUGGUGGCCCCCAUUCUUACCAUUGAGGAAACAGUGGACGAAGAGAUGGCGCUUGCUCUUUGAAUUACAUAUGUAUGCACGUGUGACUGCAUAGAUAAAAAUUACUGGUUUCACUAUUGGAGGGCAUUCAUGAAAGAACAACUCUCGCACCUCUCCGAAGAUACCUGCCUCUUGUACUUGGGUGUACAGUUGAAACAAUCAGAUAUAAACAUAAAUCAUUCUAAUGAGAUUUUAUUUGGUUUUCAUGGAAAGUUAAAAUGAUGAAGUAUAUUGAAUAGCUCUUUGAUAGAAUUUAAAACACAAAAAUACACACUUAAAAAUCUAAAAUGAUGUGGGUUAUUGUUAGAAUCUUCAACUUCAUUGGAACAUUAUGGAAGUGUUUUUUAUAAUCACUUUCUUCCCCUAAAUAAACACUUUGAAUAACAAUCACAUUGCCAUAAUGUAGACAAAUGAUGCCUCGAAGCAGUUUGAGCUGCUCUUUCUAUCGGAUAAAUGAACCUGGUCCUUUUGAGGUGUUACGUGUUAGAUAUACAGUUAAAACUGCCCAUAAUUAUUAUAAGACGUUGAAUUCACUAGCUAGCCAAUGUUCACUUUUAUCUUUGAACUUUGGUCAGAAAAAACUUUUUAGUGCCACCUAAUUUAUACCUGUUUUUAGCUGAAUGGGUGGUAUAACUGAACUCUGCCACUUAGAUAAAGUUGUUUUGUUUUGUUUUUAAUCUAGGCCAACGUGUAUGUAAAUUACAAAUUUAGAGAACUGACUUUUCUUUUUUUGCUUUAAAUAGAUUAUAAGAUGUCCAUGUUGCUUUGAGAUGAGUUCAAGGAAAUAGUUCUCUCCUUUAUUGUGAACUUCAAACUAGAGGAAGCCUGGCUUCAUAGCAACCAGUAAUUUGCCUUCCCACAAAACCUAAGGUUGCCCUUCAUCCCAGACCUUUGACUAUAGUUUGUCCCUCCCUUCUUCAGUUCUCUGAAGGAGUACAUCCUUUAUUUUCCAGCCCACCCCAAUAUGAAAAACUGGUACACAUUAGGGGUCUUUAUGAAAGUACAAGUGAGCAUCAGAAUGUAUGUAUCCUCUAGAGUCUGGUUAUGAUUGGUCACUGCGGAGUACUUUUCUGGAUCUAUUUGUAAAGUGCUUACCGCUCACAGUUCUGAAUUUGUUGACAGGUACAUAAGGGACAAAAGUGCCAUCCUUGCAAAUUAACCCUUACUCUUUUAACACAUGAAAAUAAUAAACCACAGAUCUCUGCAAUUGAGUGCAAAGCAGUAUGAUUAUCUGUAGCCACCAAAACAACUUUUGACACCUUUUAAUUCACAUUUUUAGAUUUGGAAUAAAUGAGUUUGACAGAACUGGCCUUGUUAUUUGUUAAACUCUUAGAAUGUUGAAUGUAUCCAUUGGAUUUCUAAAAUGUAUUCUGGAUUUCUUGAACUAAUAUUAGAGAAACUUAUGCUGGAGCACCGUCUGUUGAGUAAAAUACUUAAUAGUGUUUCUUCUGCAGCUAAAAUGUCAGAAUGCCAAACACUGUCCAUGUAGUGCUUGAUAGCUACCUCCUUGUAAGACCAGGGACAUUAAGGGGUUAAGCCUCCCAUAUUUUAAGUAGAUGAUAUAUUAACCAGCUUUUAUAAUCAAUAGGGGUGGAACCUAAUAAUGCCCCACCUGGGUGAUAUUACACAGCUUUUAGAUGGCGACAGCACCUGGUCUUCUUUCACUUCCUCGUGCAAGGGUGGGUGGCAGCAGCUGCAGCACUCCCAAGAAUGUGUUGUCAGAAUCGCUUCAGGUUGACAAGGCAGGUGGAUGGCCUUAGGACACAUGAGUUAUAGUCUCCUAACCAGGUAAGAUGAUUGGGAGAGUGAACUGGCCGCAGAGAUCUCUUCUUCCCGAUGUUUUGGUUGCCUUGCAUCGGGUUAAGUUGCCAGCACCAGCUUUAGGUGAAGGAUUUAGCACUAAAGAAGGUGUAGUUUGACAAAAAGAAGAGCUAUAGAGUUUGGGAAUCUCUUAAUUGUGCAGUCAUUUGUCUGGAUUAUAGGAGAACAUGUUUCGCCUAAGAAUUGACAAGGCCAUGAAGACAAGAUGAGAGAUUACUACUACCCAUAAGUGUAAUAAUUUUUUUUAAUGAUUCAUACUGCCCCACUACCCUGGACUGUUGCCAUUUUAAUUAACACUUCGCCUUUAGCAGGGGGAAGUUGUACUUGGUUUAACUGUAAGAAUGGAAACCAAGGGGAUCGUAAACUGACUAUUCUGUAGAGCACCAUUUUCUUCAGUGGCAAGGAAUCUCAAUUCUUGUACUCUGGGUCAGAAAGUACAUUGGGAUUUAGGGUGGAUUUAAGAGGGAAAAGCAUCGGAUCAGGUCAUGCUAGGCUGGGAACGGACUGGGAGAGGCUGCUUGUUGGCACAUUGGGUCUUCAGGGAAUGCAUACUGGUAUUUGGACUUUGGGCAAAGGCUCCGAAAUACAUUUGAUGGAAAUCAUUGAGCUGUUGAAGGCUGCUGUUUCUGAGAAUCCUGGCUUUCAAAUGAGAAGACAAAAGCAGUACAGAGUUUGAGGCCAAAGUACAGUAAAGAAUUAAGACAAAUAGAUUGCAAGGUAGAGUAUAUAGAUGUCAACUUGUCUUACACACAAUUUUCGAGAAUUAAAUGCUUCUUAAAGGAGUGCUUUCAAUCCCUUGACAAAUUUAUUAUGGGGCUCAGCCUGACAUCUCUUCGUGCUUUUGAAGAAACGGGGGUUUUUGUUGUUUUUUAAGCUCGGGCUCCACAGCACUAUUUGUUUAUAGUAAUAUAUUGAUUGUUCAUGAGCAGUUAGUCAUGCUUUUUUCAGUCCGGAGCCCACCUCCUUUUUCCAUUACUCUGUUGGUUGUCUUCAGUAACGAGUGAGAGGACGGGAGAGAGGGAGUGGGUUUCAGGCCUUGCUGAGACACGUACUACAGUGGACUAUUGGGAUCUUUUCUAGGAAAACAGCCCAACUAUGUCCAUGAUAUUUUACCUCACUAGUGAUUAGUGCCAUCGAUAGUAUUCAAGUGCACAGUUUUUUGAAGCUACUUUAUAUAGAUGAACACAGCUCCACUCAAAAUACUAUGCCUAAUUUACAUAUCAAUUGCCUACACUUAUAAAAGUGCCAACAUCUUCCUUUCUCACCCCGAAUAAUUUAGAACUGGCUUUUUAAAACACCAGUUUCAAACCCUAGAAAUUCGUUUUCAGCACAGACCGUUGAAAGUAUUUGAGAAGCGUAACUAAAUGCAGAUCAAUCACCAAAUUCUAUACUGUGGUGGGUGGUUCAGGGAAGGCUAAUCUUAAUGUUUAGUAUUGAAGACAGACACCCUUUUGUGUGCAGAAUUCUGCCAAAUAAAAAUGGCCAAGAAGGGAAUCAGUAUUAAGUCCCAUGCAGCCUUAGGCUUUAGAAAACAUCUGAGGACUCUAGUCAACAGCAAUUGAAAUAUGUCUGUGGUGCAGGUGCCAGAGCCACGGCGCUGCAAGAGAAAUUCCUGUCCUUGAGAGGCCCACAGUCUGGGGGGCUCGACGACGGAGUUCUUGGCGCAGACAGCCAUGUAGGCAGCUGCGGAUCUGAGUUGACUGAAUGGCAGUGGGAUUUUUUACUGGCAGGGGGUGGUAGUCUGUAGAUAGCUGCGUUGUAAUAUUGCUGGUGAAAACUAGACCAGUUGGGGCAUCUUCAAAGGGUCAAGUCCAGUAUGCUUCCCCCAAAGUGUAGUGGUUAUCAUUGUAACAUUGCUAGAGUGUGGUCCUGGGGUAUUUUUCCUCUCACCUUUACCCUGGAUGAAGGCACUUUGCCUGUCACUAGUCAGCAGAUACUAAUUUGUUAACAUUAAAUCAACCUGACUUUAACGUGUGCUCUGUGAAGAUACUUUGUUUCUUUUGUUUUUCUGGAAAUUAUGAUUUUUUUUUCUCAUUGACUUUUUCAUGAUAAAUUUAGUGUAUGUAGUUGUCUAUGCAUUUUAAGUUAAACUGCCUAAAAUGUGAUUUGAGACAUACACUUGUAUUGUGAACUGUAAGCAAUCUGUUUGGAGAUAUGCUCGGUUUUACCAUCUGCUGCUGUAUUUGUAAAUGAAGACAAAUGUUGCUUUAAGAAGUAAUUAUAAUUAGGAGUAGUCUAUGGAUGUGAUACUUGAUAUUUUUUAAGGUAAACCUAUUUGCUUUUGUGUAUUAUAUCUGAAAACUUUUAAAAAAUGUAUUUUCAUGGC